UUUUCCCCAAACAGAAGCAGUGAAGCUGUAAUGUGGCGAAGGAGGAAAGAGUGCUGUUAGAAACACCUCUCACACACACACACGCACACUGUCUCACACACUCUUACACACAGUAGAAUGUGGACAACUUUAAGGAAAAGCUUUCCAGCCUGGACAGGAGUGAAGUUUGACACAGAUGCCGGUGCGGUUUGGGGAUAAGUCCACUUCUCAUCCACAUGCAGUUCAAGACAAUCCACAGAGACCAAGUUCUAAAUCACAGCAGGUGAAACCAAAGGUAUCCGGAGGAAUGGCUACACCCUUCGUGCCAGUGCCUGUGCCCAUGCCUAUUGAUCGAGCUCUCCCAGGCUCCUCUGGGGUCCGACGGCCCAAACGGGCAUCGAGCGUGAGCAGCGUGUCCAGCAGCUCAGGGUCGUCUUCCACUAAAGGUGCAGGCGAGGAGGGUAGUUUUGGGAGAAGCGGAGAUGGGAGGUGCUUCAUUGCGUCGUGUCAGAGUCCUGUAACCAGGGCCAGGAUCAAUGGAGUCGAGUCCACAGUGGAGUAUACCAGCAGCGCAAGACCAGACUCGCCAGCACACACAUUCGAAUGUGAGGAGAGACCCAUAACUCCCACGGUGCUCGGCUACGAGGUCAUGGAGGAGAGAGCGAAGUUCACGGUCUAUAAGGUUCUUGUGAAGAAGACCCAGGAGGAGAGCUGGGUGGUGUUCCGGCGUUACACCGAUUUUUCCCGACUCAAUGACAAGUUAAAGGAAAUGUUUCCUGGGUUCCGCCUCUCUCUGCCACCUAAACGCUGGUUUAAAGAUAACUACGACACUGACUUCCUGGAGGACAGACAGUUAGGCCUGCAGGCUUUUCUACAGAAUCUGGUGGCUCACAAGGACAUCGCUAAUUGUGUUGCGGUGCGAGAGUUUCUUUGUCUGGACGAGCCCCCGGGACCUUUCGACAGUCUCGAGGAGAGUCGGGCAUUCUGUGAGACACUGGAGGAGGGAAACUAUCGUUUGCAGAAGGAGCUGCUGGAGAAGCAGAGAGAGAUCAGUUCCUUGAAGAAGAUGUUGGAGGAAAAAGAGCUACACAUACACAUGCUCGAGAAGAGGAUCAAUGGUGAGUCUUUGACUCCGGAGAGCCCAUAUGGUCUGUCUGCUCAGGGCAGUGAGAGCAGUGUGGAUGCAGAGAGCUCUACUGCUGAGGCGGACCAGGACAUGCCAGAGGAAAGUGGCAGCUGCGAGCAGCGAGCAUCACUGAGCUCCUCGGCGUGUUGGUGCGGUCCGACCAUCAGCUGCUCACCUCCAGUCAUCCAGGUCACUCAGGUGGAGCAGUGACUUCGAAGCGAGACUUUUUACCUCCUUUCUCUUUAUCUGUCUCUCUCUUUUUCUGUCUCUCUCUUUCCCAAGUUCCUGCACUCUCUCCCCGUGUCCACGGCCUCUCCUAACGUCACAGACGAUCAUCUCAGAGAGACAGAAGAUGAGUUCCUUCUGUAAACAUAUUAAAAAAAUGCAUUGGCAGAAGCCUGUUUUGGAGGAGCUGAAAUCUGGAAUACUGCCUGUAGAGGCAGCAGAAUGUCUGCGCAUCAAGUCAGAUCAUCUAAAUCUGCUCUGAGAGAUGUCCGGAGGCUUUUCGGAUUUUAACUACUGACAUCUAGCCAUAGACUGCUUUUCAUGAAAUGUUUAUUUCAUCAUACGGAGGUGCCAACAUGUACAGUUAAGCCAUAACACUAAUUUUAACACAGGACUUUUUUUUCUUCACACCACUUAAUCUGCAUGAACCACUUUAUCUGCAGCUGUGACCUCAUGGGCCUCAACCCUGCAAGCAAGAAACGGGGAAUGUUGGACCGCAGGCUUUUUUUUUUGUUGCUUGAAAAAUGAAGAAAUUGCUUAAGUCUCCAUUUGUUUCCACGGGAUGUGUUUUGUUGGGGUGGGUUUUUUUUUUGUUUUUUUUUUUUGUUUUUUUCCUUCUCCUGUCAGCUCAGAUUUUCUUAAUAAUGUUGGCACCUUCGUAGCCCGACGGUUCACUGUGUGACAAUCCAGAGACAGAAACUGCCUUUCCUCCAAAAACACAGUGGAGUAAUGCCCCCAUGUGGCCAAUGCAAAUAUUGCAAUUAUCUACUCAGGAAGGACAAUGUUAUGCUUUUUGUUUUCCGUGUUGCUGCUUUUGCUGCUGCUGUUUGCUUUUCAACAGGGCUAUAAUAUAUUCCAGUUGGCAAGUCUUUCCCAGCUGGUAGACACUCUGGA